AUGGAGGAGUUUGAGAAGAGUCUGGGAAUCGGUGGCAGCAAUUCCAAUGAGAAGCCAUCGACUAUGGGGACAGAAUCAGAUGGGAAAAAUAUAUCUUCAGGGAAUUCGGGAAGCCGAAGUGAUGGGAAAGCGGAAGAUUCGAAAUCGCACGGCGAGGAUGCGGAAGAGGAGGUCGAGGAGAAAGAGACGGUCCAGAUGCUCGCUGACGGAGAUGCGGACGGAAUUCCGAUUCUGAUUGGCGUGAAGGAGCCGAAGAAGGAGGCUAAGAGUAAGAAAGCUGAGGAGGAAUCGAAGAAGGCAUCCGGGGAAGGCGGGGGGAAAGACGACAAGGAGAAGGAGAAGGGGAAGGAUAAGGGAGAGGAGAAGCGAGAGGAUAAGGGAAAAUCCGGAGGAAAGGAGGGAGACGUGGGAGCAGGGACAGGAGACGGAAAAGCAGGGAAGGAGAGCGCGAGCGCGGCGGAUGAUAACCCGGAUCAGUACGAAGGGGAGGAGGGCGAUGGCGCGCAGAAGAAGGCGAAAGGCGGCGGGAAAAAAGGAGGCAAAGGCGAGAACGUGGGAGAGAUGAUGGAGAAGAUUCUAGAAAGACUGGAUGACAUGGAGGGCGAGGGGGGGAAGUUCAAUGAAACCCUAGAAAAGCAGGAGGCGGUUUUGGAGACGGUGGCGCGGGUAGGGAAGCACCACGUGCACGAGAAGGAGGAGAAGGAGCGCGAGGAGCGGGAGAAGGCGGAGCAGGAGGAGGCGGAGAGGGAAGCGGAGCUGAAGGCGAAGCAGGAGGCGGAAGCAGCUGCUGCUGCGGCAAAGAACAGCUGGGACGGAGGGGUGACCGGUGGUGGAGAGCGGUCGUUUUUCGAUAUUCUCCUGGGGAUAGACGCUGUGCCGCCACCUCCGCCCCCGCCGCGCCCCACUCCUAAGAACGUCACUAAAGCGUCAGCUAGAAACGAGACCAAGAAAGAGCAGGAGGCGGAGCAGGAAGACGAGAAGGACGUUCCUAGGCUCAUAGACUCCCAGGAUAACGAAUACGUUAUCAGCAGCCCCGGUAAGGGGUCCAAGAUGCAGCUACAGGAGGAUUUCACUCUAAUUUCGGAUAUCGUGAAGGUGAUAGUGGCGGCGGCGCUGGGCGGGCUGGCGUGUGGGCUGAUGGGGCAGCCCAUCAUCCUGGGAUACAUCGUUGCUGGCAUGGCCAUCGGCCCUGGCGGGCUGGGGCUCAUUCACGAGCUUGUACAGGUCAGUAGGGUUACCACAUGUGGUGUUACAGGGCGGUGGGUGCUAGGAGGGCUGGCGUGCGGCCUGAUGGGGCAGCCCAUCAUCCUGGGAUACAUUGUCGCUGGCAUGGCCAUCGGCCCAGGCAGGUUGGGCCUUAUCCACGAGCUCGUGCAGGUGGGUGGAAACCCUAGCCCAGUUUGGAGUUGUCUUUCUCCUGUUCGCCCUGGGGGUCGAGUUCAGCCUGGCCAAGAUGCAGGGGGUGCACAACGUGCCUCUAAGCCACAGGCCUUCCCCUCCCCCCUCUCCAUCCUCACCCUCUUCUCCCUCCUUUCGGCUCUGCAGGUGGAAACUUUAGCCCAGUUCGGAGUGGUGUUCCUGCUGUUCGCCCUGGGGGUCGAGUUCAGCCUCGCCAAGAUGCAGGGGGUGCACAACGUGGCGCUGGGCGGCGGAGUGCUGCAGAUCGCAAUUGCCAUGAUUCUGGGCGGCAUCUUCAGCUCCAACACGCCGCAGGGGCUCUUCAUUGCUAGUGGGCCUGUAGCAGCAAGGAGUGCCACAGGUCGUGAUCGCCAUGAUCCUGGGCAGGGUGGCAUCUUCAGCUCCAACACGCCCCAGGGGCACUUCAUAGGCGGCUUCCUCUGCAUCUCAACCACAGCCGUGGUGAUCAAGUGCCUAUUCUCUCCUAUCCUUUUUCUCACUCCCUUAUGCCAGCUUCCCCCAACCCUCCUGCUACCCUCCAGGCGGCUUCCUCUCAAUGUCAUAUACGGUCGUGGUGCUCAAGUGCUUCCUCCCCUCAUCACUCCCCCUUCUCUCUCCACCCUCGUUCCCCCCCAUCCCCUACCGACCACGCGGCUUCCUAUCAAUGUCAUCUAUAGCCGUGGUGCUCAAGUGCCUCCUUCUCCCUUCUCUCCCUCCAACCCUUGCUCCCGCUCUCCCCCCCACACUCAUUCCUCUCCCCUCUCUCCCUUGUCUUAA